AUGGCUGAAGCAAAGGUCGCCUGGGCGUCUCUUCCGCGCAAAGACCAACUGUUAAUUCUUUUCCUGGUGCGCUUUUGUGAGCCCAUCGUUAAGGUCUCCAUCUCGGCGUAUGUUUAUUUCCAGCUGCAAUGGCUGGACCCUUCGUUGCCGAGCGCAAAGGUCGUUCAGCAGGUGACGCUGUUGCAGGCCGCCUAUACCGUAGCGCAGGGUUUGGCAAUUGUUGCCUGUUCUCUUUUUGGGUUCGUGGCGAAUUUUAAACAGGCUAUCAUCCUCCGCUUUAUCGAAGGCCUUACCAAUGGAAACGUUGCCAUGGUCCGUACCAUGACUUCUGAGCUCGUGAAGGACAAGAAGUUUCAAGCGAGAGCCUUUGUGCUUCUCAAUAUCAGCACCGGAUUUGCCAUCAUCCUCAGUGCACUCGUCACCGCCGUUACAGUCGAGCUGACCCCUAAAGCCCAUAGCAGCGGCGGCGGGGUGCUGACUAGAUAUCCAUAUGCGUUACCGGCGCUGCUCAAUGCCGGAUUUCUCCUGAUUGUGCUGCUGACGGCGACCUUGUUUCUAGAAGAAACAUCCAAGCUCGUCCGCACCAGAUACGACCCCGGCAUUGCCUUAUCCCGGUACAUCUUGUCGAAGCUAGGACUCGUCCACGGCAGCAGCAAAGAACAAGAGUACACACUCGUCGACGAAGGCGAAGAAAUGGCGUUCCUACCCGAGUCAACAACCCAGACGCCAACACCGCCAAAAAAAGUAUCGGCAAUUCUGCCUACAGCCCGCAUGUUCACCAAAAAUAUGUUUAUGACCCUACUCGCUUGCUUCAUCUGCGAUACGCACUUGACAGUCGCGAGCGUGGCCUUUCCAAACCUCUUGGUAACUCCUGUUUCGACCCUCGAGGAAGAAUCUCGCCGACGGCUACCAUUCUUUUUCGGCGGUGGCGCUGGCUUCACCCCACUGCCUCUUGCCGCGUACUCGAUCAUGUACGGCGUCUUUUCCAUCCCGCUACAGAUGUUCCUCUACCCGCGGCUCGCGCAGCGCCUGGGGCCACUGCACGUCUGGCGCAUUUUUUACCUCGCCUUCCCGCUGCUCUACUACGCCUACCCCUUCGCGGCGCUGGUGCCGUCGACCAGCCCGCCACCGGCCGGCAAGAUCGGUGCGCCGAUCUGGAUAGUGUUGACGGCGCUGCAAUUAUUGACUGCGCUGCUGACGAGCACCGUGUCUCCGAGCCAGACGGUGCUGAUUAACUCGGCGUGUCCGCACCCGAGCGCCCUGGCGCGCACGCACAGCGUCGCCUUCGUCCUCAGCACGGCCACCCGGGCCGGCAGCACGGCGCUGGGCGGUGCGCUGUUGGGGUACGGCGCCGCACACAACAUCACUGGCCUGGUGUUUUGGCUCUGCGCCGCCCUGGCUGCCUUGGGGUCCUGCCUAAACCCGUUCCUGAAGGAGGGAACCCAGGGUCUCAAGACUUCCAACUUCAUUCCAUCUAUUUUAAAAUUUUAAAUCACACCUCCGCACACAAGUUAAAAUGGCUCGCUUCACAGAUAAAAUCGCCCUGGUGACCUCGGCCGCAUCGGGGAGUGGCGCCGCCAUCGUCCGCCGACUGGCGUCUGAAGGCGCGACCGUCAUCGCGGCCGACAAGACUGGGCAAGAUGCGCUUGCCGCCGAGCUGGGACCGUCAGUGAUUGCGCGUACUCUCGAUGCGGGGUCCGAGGCCAGCAUCGCCGAGCUUUCCGAGUACAUCCGAAGCGCGCACGGGCGGCUCGACAUUCUGGUCAACAACACGGGCAUGGGCGGGCCACGCUGCCCGAUCCUGGACGUGACGCCCGCCGCCGCCGCCGAAGUGUUCAACUACAACAUACUCGGAGCCUACCUGCUCCUGCAGCUGGGGCUGCGCUACAUGGCCAGCCAGCCGGAGGGAGGGGCCAUCGUCCUCACGGCCAGCAUCGCCGGCAUAGUCGGCACGCCGCACUCGUCGCCGUAUUCGGUGUCCAAGGGGGCUGUCAUCGCCAUGUGCAAGACGGCGGCCGUGGAGUACGCCAAAGACGGUGUUCGAGUCAAUUGUGUAGCGCCAGGCCCGACUGCCGUGCCGAUGGUGCAGAGGCUAGGCGACAAUGUGAAUGAUCGGUUCCGCCAGAGAAUUCCCCAAGGCAGACUCGCUGAGCCAAGCGAGGUUGCCGGAGUCGUUG